CUGGAUCUCCCGAACGAAAUGUCGUCUGGAAAAACAGUCAAGUACAAGCACAUCUCGUUCUCACCAGAGCUUCACAUUCUUUAUUUUGAACGACAGCAAGGCAACCAAGCGGUUCCAAGACAAGGUGGCUGUUCAUUGGGAAUGUCUUUGACCCAUUUUAAUGAACAAAAAGUAACUGUUGAUGAGUGGGAAGGAAACUCGGGUGUGAAACGACGCCAUCCAAUUAACAAGUCGUCAGGUUGUUCGAUAGAAGAAGAACUGCAGGUUUUUGAUGCUGAUAGUCGAUGGAGACUGCUUGAACAAGCAGGAGUGGAGAAAUUAAAUUCAGAGGAAGGAAUUGAAUGUGAUGAAAUAAGAAUCUCAAGACAAGAGUGUGGAUGUUAUUGUGAGUCUUGUUGUCUGGAGACGUGUUCAUGUGCGAUAAACGGCAUAACUUGUCACUCAGAAGACGAAAUAGCAUGUUUCCCAUGCUCAUGCAGUGAGGAGAGUUGCAAGAAUCCUGAGGGAAGAACAGAGUAUGAUGGAGAAACUAUCAAUAAUGCUAGAGAAGUCAUUAUUAAACGAGAGAACGAAAAGUUGGAAUCUAUGAUCACAACUUAAUUGACCGAAAUAUCAGAUGCAUAACAAUGUGUAAACCUAACUACAUAUUACUACUUGGUUGCUAUAUUUGCUCAUUUGGCUGAUUUACAGAUCAUAGUAUACACAGAUAUAAUAUACACAAACUCUGCCUAUUGGGAUACUUCUGUGCAGUUACACAUUAAUGUCUGGGCAGUUGGCCAGCAUGGUUGCGCUCUAAAUGUUUCAACCUUA